UGUGUUGGACUAUAUGUUGAUACGUACAGUGUACAUGCUGCGGGUGUAUGUGUGUGCGUUGGCAUUUGUUUUCGUAGCACAGUCGUUCGCAUAUUUUGUAUUGUGCUGUCAGCUCUAUAAAUUUUUAUUAAGUGUUGUUGGUUUUUUCGUUGUUCAUUCUCACUAAGUUAUAGGAAAUUUUGUAAGAAAUGGGAACAAAUUUACAUAAAGUAAAAUUCACUAUGUUGGCCAGAAAUCGUCGUGUUAAAUCAAUGUUUGAUUUACGAAAGACGCGACGAUCUCAAGUAUUUGUAGGCCAUCGUUUUCAACAUUUUAUUGCAUCGGAUGAUCGAAUACGUUGUCAUUUCCAAGCGAUUUAUGAGCAUUUGCAUCUUAUCGAUGGCGCAUAUACAACCGAACAAAAAUUCACAGCACUUUUAUUGGUUAUGCUCAAUCAAACGCCACAGAUUGCCGAUUUUUUGCGCAUCGAAUCGGCCGCCGAAUUAUUGGAACACAUUAACGAUGAACUCAACGCACUUGUGUCGAGCAUUUGCUACAUUCUCAAUGAAAUUGGCAUCAAUUAUCUACUUGAACGCAAACUGAACAACAACAACAUUAGCAGUAGCAGCAGCAACAUUCACUUUGAAUGCGACACUCUGAUAUUUCGACCAAACGUCAAUUCAAUUAGCAUUUUGAUGGCUGAACUGCUCACCCAGCUACUGAACACAUUCGGUGAACGAUGCAAAAGUGACAAAAUACUUGUAAACAAAGACAUUCUGCACACAUUUGUGCUGUGCUAUUUGAGAUUCGGCCAUUGCCAUGAUGUCAUCCGACGCAAUUUACACACAAUACUCGCGCUGACACAAGGAAUGGGCCGCUUUGAACGAACCGCAGCCAUUGUCCAGCAUGAGCCAUUGAUGCAUUGGCUUAUGGGUCAACACAUUCAUGACAUGACCGAAUCGUUGAUUGUACUGAAAAUUUUCAAUAGCAUUUGCAAAGGCUUUCCAGAGAAUAUACGAUUUUUAGUCAAAUACAACCUUCUCGAACACUUGAAACAUCAAUUGACCGAUACCAUUGGGCCAUCUUAUGAACUCGUUGAAGAAAGCCUUUGCAUUGUUGAGAAUAUUUGCGGCAAUCAUCGCAGCGACAUUCAAGCCGUUAUUGAUGCUGAUCUCAUUUCACCAAUGGUUAAUGUUUUCAAGUCUUCAGCCGGCCAUGUCGAUCAUAAUUUAAGGAAAAUCGUACUCAACACAUUUUACAACAUUUCCACGCUGGGCAGUAUCGAACAAAUCAAAGUCUUACUUGACCUUGAUCUAUUGCAUCUAUUGUGCUAUCAAUUCAAUUACCAAGUCAAUAUGCAUGAAGGCAUUUUAGAAACCUCAUUCGAAAUACUAAACAACAUUCUGGGUGACUUUUACCGUAAAGAUCAUUGUGCAUUCCACAAAAUAUCAAGCAUAAUCAAUGAAUGCGGCGGUUAUACGGCAAUCAAGCAGUUAGCCAACCACAGUAAUGAUUCGAUUUCGAGUAUGGCAUGUGAUCUGAGCAGAUACAGCAAUGGCACGUGUGGAAAAUGCAACCAAAUGACAUCCGCAGCAACAUUUGAAUCAAUGCAACAAUGAACUUCAAAUGUGUUUAUCCAAGCCACGGCAAACAAAUUUAUAUACUUAUAUGACAAAAUUGCAUAUUUCUCAGCUCGAAUAUCGUACUAUUUACGAAAUGAUUAUUUAUAAUUUUUUUUUUAAUUUUAAGCGAAUGACCAAAGUGGUGCGAAAUUGCAUACUCAAAAAAAAGACAGCAAAAAAUGAACCAAUUAUUUUCCGAUUAUUUACGUAUUCAUUAAGCCCACCGUUAAUUGUUGUUAUAGUCUUUUUUAUGUAUUUUAAAGGGGGAAAAGUUAAAACUAUUUUUAUAGAAAAAAAUUAAUCAAAUUAAAAAUAUUGUCAGAAAAAAAAACUGUUCAAAUGACCAUUUAAAAAAAAACGAAUGUUGAAUUAAAAUCAAUUACAUGGAAACGAAAAU